CCCAUCCCCAUCAAGGAGCCGCCGAAGCGCAAGCAGGUGGACCGCUGGACGGAGAAACGGGCCUUGUUCGGGGUCUACGACUACGUGGGGAUCCUGGGCGGCUUCCAGAUCCACCCGAAGAAUCUCAUCAAGGGGCCCACGUGGCUGCGAGGCUGGCGGGGGAACGAGCUGCAGAGGUGCAUCCGCAAGAAGCAGAUGGUGGGCGAUCGGAUGUUUAUAGAGGACCUUCACAAACUGAACAAGAGGAUCCGGUACUUGUACAGGCGCUUCAAUCGCACCGGGAAGCACCGCUAGGGUUCAGCAUGUGGAGCGUGGGUUUGUGGCAUUGCAGUCAGAAUAAAGACAGCUUUCAUUCAGUUG